AUGCCAUUCGCUGCCAGUAUGUCUUCGGUGCAGGUGGAGUUGAAGACUCGCAGAUGCUACCACUUUAUCCGAAUGGCUCGAGGAUAUUCGUUUUCCCGUCUUCUCAACUGCUUCUUUGUAAGAUGGGAUACCGUAGCUGUGUUUCCGGAAAUCACAGAAGAUGUAGGUGAGUUGGAUGACCAGAAGAACACCGAAGAAAAUGAUCAGGUAGUUGCAACACCAUCGCCAGCCUUAAGGAUCAGCGAUACAUCCAGCGGUGACGGAACCAAGUCGUCACGAUUUGAACCAGAGAGUCCAUUGGAGCGGCACCAAACCCUCCAAGGACAUUUACGCCCCAGAGCAUCUAGACAGUUGCCCGAAAAGUUCCUAACACGUAGUCUAAAGGAUUUAGAAGAUGUCCAACAAGUCAACCCAAUAUACGGAUACUGCAGCCAGAAAUCUCCAGAUCCAAAGAAUCCAGAAGUGAUACUCGUUGCGGAGCUUGCUCCAUUUGAUCAACAAUGUGUAUCGUCCCAGGAACCCUUUUACGCCUUCAAUCGCCUUGAAUUCCAUGGCUUCGGCGGUGCUGGUUCGGCGCUGAUGAUAGGUAUGCUCUUGGAGAGGACGUGCCAAUUGUACAGUUCAAUUGUAGAUAUUCAAAAAUGCAAGCGUCCUAUGUAUCCCACGCCAUGGAACACUCUACCAAAAUUUGCAAUUCCUAACCCUAUAUGCCAAGGGAAGGAUGACAAUAAGAGGCAAGGAGUCAAAAGGACCCAGUUUCCAUUAAUCACUGAUUAUGAUACCCGAGUUGAAGCCGUAGCGGAGUAA